GCGGGAAAAGGAGAGACAAUUCAAACCAAGAGUGAAAAAACGAAAAUUCGCAGUUACCCAGCGGUAUCAAAAAUCCGCGGUUCUUUCAAAAGGCAAAGCUCGACACCGUCUCAUCUGCAACAGCGUCACUCCAUUCGGAAUCAACAGAAAAAGCACCUGGAAAGGUUCCCGUUUUACACCUUUUUCACAUUGCUGUACUGUACUGGUUCGGUAUGCCGUUGGCUAGCCCUCCCUCAUCUCUUGCCGCCUCUCCACCGAAUUAUUUUCGAAGAAAUCAAGCUUCGCCUUUCGCUAGCGAAACUCCCACAGUCGCCCUUCAAAACGAUGCCUACAUACACGCGCCUAUUCCACUUAUGAUACAUCUACACCCAUAUAUAUAUAUAUAUAUAUGAACAGAUAUGCACACCUAAAAGCGUGUACACGCAUGUGUAUAUAAACAAAUGUAAAUGCAUGUAUAUAUGUAUGCACUUGACUUUUGAAGGGAGAGACACAUGUACUAUCUUCGUCCGUAUCCAUGGGAAGGAGAAAGCGAAGAUGACGGUUUUUGCGCAGGGCCGUGGGAGGCUGCAGGGCCCCGAAGGCCUGGCGGAGGAGCCUCGAGAGGGUCGGGGAGUUGCUGACCGAAAAAUUUGAUUUUGACGAAGGAGCUGCAACAGUCUGCCUCGUGGAACAGAAGCUCGCCUGAUAAACGCCGGAACCAAGCAGAAAAUGAGCGGUUUUUUGCCUCAAAGCGGUCGGCUUCCGCAACGUGAGUCAGAAGGGAUAGGGCCGGUUACACAAAGUCAAAUCUCUGGAGCAACCAAUCGGAUGCUGCCUGUGUCACGACAGCAGCUUAGGCAACGCAUGCGCAGAGAAUCCGAGCAUCGGCUGGAGACCACAACUGAACCGACAAACAAAGACACGACCUCCGAAACCAAACGUCGCAGACAAUUCGCGCCCUCCCAUUCCUCAGGUAGACCCCCACACAGGCCUAUGCCAAUGCACGCAGAUAAAACAUCUGUAAACAUAUGCAUUUGUACAUCUGUUUGGGCGGACAUGUAUGCAUGAUCAAACAGAGAGCCAGCUUAGACCAUAUAUAUAUAUAUAUAUAUAUGCGUGCAUGUAUAUACAUGCAUAUAUACGUAUAUGUGCAUAUAUGCAUAUGUUAUACAAAAGAGGUCUUCUGCCUGCAUUUAUAAAUGGUUCUAGCAACCCUGCAGGUAUUGACACCGCGCUGAAGGUUGCGUUUUUUAUCCGCAUAUGUUAAUGACAGACGCAAAAUGCCUAUCAUCUUCAGUUGGAGGAGACGUGAAGCGAAAGCAGGCGAGCAGACGCGCGUGCGUAGACCCGCCUUCAUGCCCACAAGUCUGUCGAACAAAGAUCUCCCGAAAAACGGAAAUCUUUCGCUGCUGUCAACGGCCAACCGUGGAGGGACAGAGACAAGAGAAGCCUCCUUGGUUUUUAUCAUCAUUUGCACCUGCUUCUUCCUCUCGGAAAACUCACCUGCGGACGUGACUGGCCUCACUGCAUGCACUCGCAGCAUCGGUACGGCUUGACCCAAGGUCGACAUCUGUCCAUACACCCGAACGUAGUUGUUCACGCGGAUGGUCGACUGCGGAGUGUACGCAAAAGAAAGGAAAGAGGACAAAGCAACAGAAUGAACACCGAAGCCAUAGGCACACUUGCAUCGCCAGACGCUCUCGACUUGUUUCGUUCUUCCUCUUCCUUGUGUUUUUUUCUCGGAACACCGGCCGGGGGCGUCGCUGCCCUUUCGCCAGUUUCCCUCGGCGCUUUCUACUUUCGCAGGCUCCUUCGCUUCUUGCUUUGUCAGGUCUCCCGCUUCCGCAUGUGCUUCAUAUCUCCUCCUUCAAACGGCGUAAAUAUAUAUGAGAGAAAAAAAGAGUUUCUGCGCCCACGACUGAUUUCGCGUCCAACACACCCUGGCGCUGGGCGACGACUUGGUUUUUCAGCUCCCAGCUAACGAGCUCGACGUUGACAGGAACGCCUGCGCCAGCGCCAGCGCCUGCGCGUCUCGGACACCGGCGCGUUCUUUCUUCGAAGCGCGAACGAGGAAGAACCGUUUACCUCCACGCGCUUUUGCUUGUAGGGCGUAAUAUCGUCGCCGAGCAGCCACUCGCAGUCAACGACGCCGGUGCCGUCCUCGAGCUCGAAGCAGGCGCGACCUGCAGCGUAGUCGACGGAACCGUCGGCGAGGUGUCCAGACACCCGCGAGACUCGGCCGAUGAUCCGCAGCAGGUGCAGCGGCGGCGCAGGCGGCGGCGCGAGGGAAAUCGCCGAGUCGUCUGGCUUCUCUGCGAACGCAUUCAUCACCGCGCCUGCGACAAAACAAGAAGAAACGCAGCACGAACGCGAGGUCGGAGAGGAGCGCGACGAAAGAAGAAGGACGGUGAGGGGAAGCAGCGCCACGAGAGGCGAGGAGAGGAGGGAAACAGAGAAGAGAGGAGAAAGAGGCAACGAGGGAGAGGAAGAUGAAAGAGAAGAACGAGGGGACGGCGAGGAGAGACAUACAGAGGAGAGACAUACAGAGGAGAGACAUACAGAGGACAGACAUACAGAGGACAGACACACAGAGGACGACGCGAAGAGAGGCGGCCGGAGGAAUGCGGCAGGGAGGGAACGAGCUUGGAAGCGACGGCGCAGAGCGAAACAAAGAAAACACACGAUCAGUGUAGAAAGGAAAAAGAAAAAAGGCGGUUCCAACUGAAAGGAAACUCACCGAUUUUGACGGGCAUGAAUGUAUUCUGUUGGUGGCCGGACAUCGCACCAACCUGCGUAGCUCCCGCCCCUGCAUGCAUCAAGAAUCCGCCGCCAUCGAAGUCACCUGAAAAAAACGCAGGGAGACAGAAAAACGGUUUCUUCACAAGAAACAACAAGCUCUCUCUCAAAGGGAUGAGGAUCUGUGUGGCAAGAGACGAGAGGCGACACCGGAAGCCGAGCGAUAACGUCGUUUCUCUCCUUCCCUCCAUUCCUCCUCCACUGAACGUCCUUUGCCCAUCCUGCCAAGGUAAACACUCCAUCUUUAUUCUCAAAUAUACACGCACGCCAACAUGCAUGUCUACAUACACGUAUACACACGCAUAUAUAUAUAUAUAUAUAUACUUAAAUAUAUAUAUAUAUACUUAAAUAUAUAUAUAUAUGCGUAUACUGGUACAUAUAUAUAUAUAUAUAUAUAUAUAUAUAUAUGAGCACACAGAGUCGUGGGUUUCAUGUUUUUAGGGUGAGGGAAGACGAAGCGUGAAAGGACUUGAUUCCCCGUCCGUCUGCCUCGUCUGCAGUUCCACGCGGAAGUGGACUGGAUUCGAGGAAGCUCCGUUGCAUGCGUAGCAUAUCCAUUGCACAGACUGCAGAUGCGUUUGUGUUGCCGGCAGGAUGUGUGCCCCCGAACGAAGGUUCCCCAACAUCGUCGAAUGCACAGAGGAUAACAAACAGCUCGGACGACAAGAGAAAACUCGCAUGCGAAUGGAGCGCAUGGAGAGAAGCGUCGAUGACGAUGCCUGUGGAGUGUCCAUGCGGCAAAUAAAUGUGCAUGCGUCAAGGCCUUCUCGAGAGCAAGUCGCUCAGGAAGUCCGUCGAAAGACGCUCCCCCAUUUACCUGCUCCAAACAUCGCUCCGGUCGGAUCUGCACUGGCGAGGAAGCCGCCAUCGCCUUGUGGAAAUCCUCCCCCGAACGCAUCCAAGCCAGGUGCUCCUCCAAACGGCGCCUGGUCGGCAAAAUCUCCUCCCAGGCCUCCGCCGAACUGGCGCGCGCCCUCCGGACCGGGAUCAUGGCCGAAAUCCAUCGGGACCGGGUGGAAACGCUGAGGAAUGCCGGGGAAAGAAGUCAAACGGCGUCACUGGGGUGUCGACACCCACACCCGCGGAGGCCGCGGAUCGGUCGCUCGGCGCCGGCUACGAGAGACCCGCGAGGAAAGGUUCCUGCGCGACUGGGCAAGGAAGAGUUCCGUUCCGGGGUUUGCGGCACCGCGGCAACUUCAAGAUCGGCGGCGCCGGGACGAAGAAGACUCCGUGACAGCCGAAAAAAAAGCUUCUGUUUUCCGUCUGCUGCAAGACACUCGCGAGGCAGACCGGUGUGGAGUCGCGAGGAGGGCGGAAACGCAGCGGCUGCCGCGGAAGGGAGCGAGGAGAAAUGGAGGUGGAAGCGGAGACAAGACGAAAAGGAAAAAGAAAUCUGCGGAAUCUCGAGAGUCCUCAAUGUGAAAAACCUGGGGAAGCAGCCACCUGCCAAAAGUCUGGGAGACAGUGUGCGCUGGAAACUCGGCAGAGAAAAGAGCGGCAAAGAAACACGAAGGGACCGAAUUCGCGCGAAAUGUCAGAGUUCCCUGAAACGAUGUCCACCUGAAACUCGCGCGGAAAUGGCGAACGUCCAGGCGCGAAAGUGUCUUGUUUUUUCGCACUCCUUCGCCAGACAACCUGGUUACGGUCUUGCGUGCAGCCUUUCUCCCUCUCUGCAUGCAUUUUUAUUCACUCAACGCGAAGAUAGCGCCGCGGAGCAGCUUCGCUGUCGCUUCACCGUCUCGCCUCAAAAUCGAUUCUCCAUCCCCUUUUUCGGCUUUGCUUUAGACUGCGAAAGAGGUUUUCUGUCGCUUCGUACUUGCGUUCUUCAGUGGACUCACUUCUUCGCUCCUCUUCUUUUCGUAUUGUUCCUCCCAGCCUCGACUCCUUUCUCCAACGGUCGUGGAUCUCUGGCGCGAAGCUGCGCAGACCCACUGAGCAAUCGAGCGCGAGAAGAGUCUGUUUCUCUUUUAGCCUCGGCUCGCUUUCCACAAGCCUCCAGGGCAGUCCGAACCGAGCCAGGCGCCAACGUCCCCGCCCCCGCGUCGCCGGACUCCCAGGACCCCACACAAGUCGAUGGAAACAGCGAAAGUUUUUUCCUCUUUUCUCGGCCUGUAGCCUUUUCGGUUCACCACCAAAGUUCCGCAACCGUCUCGACACCCGAACGGCGACGGAACCCCCGUUCAACGAGUCAUCGGAAGGCCUUCGUUUUUUUUAGGCCUCUGUCCUCUCCGGCUUGUCCACCUUUCUCUUUUCCAAGUGUCUCCAAAAGUUGUCCUUCUUCCGCUCUUCCGGUGUCGGUCCCUCUCCCCCGCUCCCUUUCCCCUCACUUUCUCGCGCAGGCGACUGUCCAGAUGCCGCCGUCUGCAGACGUCCUCUCUGUUCUCCUGCGAGGCACCCGCCUCAACAGGAGACACAAUCCCUCUUCUUCCUCCUCUUCUUCCUCCUCUUCUUCCUCCGCUUCUUCCUCUUCUUCUUCCCCGGCUGUUUCUCGCUUCCGUGUCUCUACACCGGUGUUUCACUUGCCUUCUCGGCGAAGAGCGACUUCGGAGAAGGCUGCUUCGGAGUCCUCUGUGGAGCCUGUGGACUUCUUCGCGGCGUACGACGACUCGCCGUCUCGAGCGUCCUCUCGCGAGACCGGCGAGCGCCGCAGGUCGGACGAGGCGCCUGGCUUGCGAGCGCAGGCCGGCGGCGCGCUCGAUGGCGCGGCGAGCGACGUGGACUCGGCUUCUUCCGCGAAGAGACGCGGCGCAUGCGACCGUUCGCAGACGACAGCAGCCGCUUCCCUGCGGCGGAGGAACCGCAUCUACGUGAAGGCCGGCGCGGACGUCCUCGUUCCUCCCCCGUUCUCGUCCUUCUCGGAUUCGCUCUCGUCUUUCCCCGCUGAGGAGAAGAAGCAGAGCGCGCGCGAGAGAGUGCGAAGAGGGAGACGAGGAGACAAAGCGGAGAACGACGGGAGAGACGCGGCGACGGAGCGAGGUGCCGAGGAAGAGGAGGAGAGAGACGAGCCUGUCGGAGGCAAGGGCGUCCGACGUGGACUGCCUACCUGGCUACUGCAGCGACUGAAGACGCGAGGCAUUGAGCAGCCAACGCCGAUUCAGAUGCAGGCCAUUCCGCUGCUGCUCGGAGGCCAGCACCUCCUCGCCACGGCUCCGACCGGUUCGGGGAAAACCUUCGCGUUUCUCCUUCCUCUCCUCGCUCUGCUGAAAAAACCAGGAAAAGAAUUUGCCCGCCUGUUGGUCGUCUGCCCGUCGCGAGAAUUAGCCAAGCAGACUCAGCGCGAAUUCGACAGUCUCGCAGGGGCUCGAGGGUUCCGCUGUCGGCUUUUAGACGAGCAAAAGCAGAGCGUCGACCAGGCAGCUUCUCAAGCGAAACGCGUGGACGCCGUUGUCACGACUCCUCUUCGUCUUGUGCAAUUCCUCCGAGACGGCCGAGUUUCCCUCGCUCAGUGUCGCCACAUAGUUCUCGAUGAAGCCGACAAGUUGCUCGACCUCGGCUUCGCGCCUCAGCUGGAUGAGAUCCUCGCAGGAUGCACCUUUCCGAGCCUGCAGGUGUCUCUUUUCUCCGCUACUCUCCCGCCGGACGUCCUUCGCCUCGCGGACUCUCUUCUUCACAACCCCGUUCACAUUUCAAUUGGUUCCCCAAAUGCGGCGGCGACUUCGAUUGAACAAGAGUUGCUCUUUUGUACCAACGAGGAGGGCAAACUUCUCGCGCUCCGAACUCUCCACCUGACGGGCAAGUUCGUGCCUCCCGUCCUGAUUUUUGUGCAGAGCAAGGAGCGCGCGAAGCAACUGUACUGCGAGUUGGUGUACGACGGCAUCUUUGUCGAGUGCAUUCACGCCGACAAAACGAAAAAGCAGCGAGAUGACACGGUCGAGGCGUUUCGCCGCGGGCAGAUCUGGGUGCUGAUUUGUACAGACGUCAUGGCCAGAGGUGUGGAUUUCAAGAACGUGGAGCUCGUGAUCAACUAUGACUUUCCUCAGUCUGCCGCGGUGUACAUACACCGCAUCGGACGCACAGGCCGAGCAGGCAGACAAGGCCGGGCAAUCACCUUUUACACGACGGCCGAUAUUCCGAAUUUGCGGAGUGUGGUGGGCGUGAUGCAACAGACGUCGACUUGCGAGGUCCCGGAGUGGCUGCAAAAGGUGACAAAGAUGACAGCGAAGCAGAAACGCGAUCUGCAGAGACGCGCGCCAGAGCGAAAGCCGAUUCUCACCACCCCCGCCAUUGAUGUGCGGAAGGAGAAGCGGCGUCAGCAGGCAAUCGCGACGAGCAAAGAAAAAAAGCGAAGACGUGAAGCAGCGGAGGCGGCUGCGAAGUGAUGGCACGCGACUCCGUUUUUCCUCCGGAACUUUUCUCAUAUUUCUCGUCCAUUUUCCUUUUUCGGAAGCCUGUGCUGUCUCUGCGUGCAUGUUUGACGUUUCGCGUUUGCCGGAAGAACACUAGGAGGGCCGCAACUGAUUUCGCAGGAAUUUUGUGAAGAUCGGAAAUCCGACGAUUCUGGCCGCAGUCGAUGAACGGCAGGAAGCGGAACGUGACGUCAAAGUGCGCAGUCAAUGGUGGUACGAAGAGACCUCGUAAAUGACGCUAACGCUUUUCAGGACGCGAGAAGUGCAGAAAAAUGGGUGCAUCCACUAUGUUCUAGAGAUGCGGGGAGAUGGAGCGAGAGAUAUGGCGUGACAGAAGUGGGCAGAGGAAGGGAUACAAGCAGCCAGAAGUAACGGUAGAAAAAUAUAUCGCCGGAGAGACAAAGAGACACAGUCAGGGACAUGCGUAUAGAUGGAUAUGCGAAGCGAUAUGGAGACAGAACUAGCGAGAUUAAG